GGUAAUGUCGGAGCGAACAAGGCCGGGGAGCAGACUCUUACUUCUGCGGGCAAAACUACGGCCAGGAUCGCGGUUGUGGCGGCUGUAGCGGCGGGCGUAAGGGCUGAGGGUGUGGAGGGGGAGGCACAACUGGAGCAGCAGCGCGGGAGCUGCGUCAUCAACAGGAGCAACACGUCGAAGGUGUCCAUGCUGGGUGGCUGCGGCUGUGGUGGCUGACAAUUGUUGCUUCCAGUGAAACAGGUGGUAGUGAGGUGACCGAGGACACGCCGGGGCCCUGUUGGGUGGCCUGGCCUGCUCACCUCGUGCCUUUACUGCAACAUGCACAACGAACCUCACACAAGGCUCCCCCGCUCCUGAUGUGGCUGUGUGGAGCCCCUAAUCCACAAUACUGUUGCUAUGCAAGUCGGCUUCGCGUGUGCUCCAGUAUCAUGUGCAACAUGCGACACCUCACAAUGUUUCCUCCAGCUGGUGUGUAUUGAAUAUGGUGUGUCUGGAAAAAAAAUGUGAUCCCCUACUAAGAGUGGCAAUAUAUUCAUGGUGGCUAUGCUGAAUACUGGUGUGAAGGGCGAGUCGUUGUGAGAGGUGUGCCUCCCCCGGCAGCGUGGACGUGUCCAGGGAACCUACAGGGUGAAGGUGUCACGGGCAGGCUACCACGCCACCCCUUAACUACCAGCCUGAAUGUCGGCCCCCCACGCUGUCUCCUGCCUGCUUUCCCCCCAUCAGGGCAGCGACACCGCCAUGCCCCGCUGCUACCUCGUCAAGAAGGUCCCCCUCUCCCGCGAAGGGGGAAGCAAGGGGUGCGCCGCCCCCACCUCACCCACGGCCGCCGCCCCCGCCCCGCCCACACCCCCAGAUAUAGCGGAUCAGGAGGCACAGACCCGUGUGUACCACGAGCUGCGAGCAGCGGAUCCUUGCUUCACCUGCACCUUCCAGUAUUAUCCCACGACACCUGACCACGCCUACGCUCACGUCCAGCCUACGACCACUACCACCUUCCACCAGCCCUGCCUGCCCACCAGCCAGUCCUACCUUCCCACCACCCGCCAGCAGCCCACUCAAUCACCCUGCCUCCGGACGGGUCAACAACAGGCUUGUCUCGGAUCCAGUCAACAGUCAUGUCUCUCAACUAGUCAACAAGCCUGCCUCCCGGCCAGUCCACAAUCGUGUCACCAGAGCAGUCACCAGUCUAGCCAGCAGACCAGCUACCCAUCGAGUCACACCUUCACGCCGCUACACCUGCGACCCGUAGAAGAGACUGAGGCAGCGCACGACUUGCUGGAGCUGGCUCGAUCCGCCCCCGCUUAUACCUAUCAGCCUCCAACCCCAGCUUCCUCUUGUGACUCUCUCGAGGCGCCCUCCACUAGCUACUCGGAGGCGACGGUAUGUGACGGAAGUGAACCUCUGUACGAGGACAGCGAAGCAAGUCUCAUUACAACACCCACACCUUCCCCGGCAGGUAGCAGUGACGCCGAAAAUGUGGCUCCGACCUGCGCCCUCGGGCUGGAUGAUGGGCGGUCUCGAGUGCGGGUGGGGCGGAGUGAGGGUGUGCGGCUAGGACGCCACAAGCCGCGGUAUACGUGCUCGGAGUGCGGGAAGCACUACGCCACCUCCUCUAACCUGUCGCGGCACAAGCAGACGCAUCGCGACUUGGACUCUGGCAAUGCGCGUCGUUGCCAUGUGUGCGGGAAGGCGUACGUCAGCAUGCCGGCACUUGCCAUGCACGUGCUGACGCAUAAUUUGACGCACCGGUGCGGCGUCUGUGGCAAGGCCUUUUCCCGCCCCUGGCUAUUACAAGGACACAUGCGCUCCCACACCGGAGAGAAGCCCUUUGGAUGUGCCCACUGCGGCAAGUCCUUCGCUGACCGAUCCAAUCUGCGCGCGCAUAUGCAGACACACUCUCAGCUCAAGAACUUCAGGUGUAAACGCUGCAACAAGUCCUUCGCUCUCAAGUCGUACCUCAACAAGCACUACGAGUCUGCGUGUUACCGGGACGGAGCGUGUGGCGAGAUCUGCACCUCCCCCGGGCCCUGAACUAGGCCACGCACACCUGUAGACUUGUGUGUGGCCAGGCAACUGUACCUACUGUGGACCUAAAUGGCCACAAUUUGUACCCAUGGUGGGCCGGGGCGUGGCCACUAACCUGUGACCUGUGGACCUGUAACUGGCCAUGCCCCUUGGCCCACACGUGGACCUGUGACCUGAAUUAAGACUUGGCAAUAAGGUCGGGUUACCUGACAGGUAGAUUAGCUGCUCUUCCACAUAGCGUUACACGGUGCACUAGCAUUUAACAGCGAAAAAACAAAGUGCUUUAUUUUGCUCCUGUAAAUUUAUACUUUAAUCCAAUAUUGUGAUCCUCUGUGAUUUUUAUGUGGCAUCAUUUAGUACAUAGUCAUCACCAAAGCCGAGACCCCGAGCUGGUGAUCCGUUGUCUCUGAGGCUUGACGAGCCACCCUGGCGGCUUCCGACACUCUCCAAGCUAGUAACAACUUGGUUUCUUGUUCAUCAGGCUGCUACUGACGGUCACUGAAGCUUGUCAAGUCGAUGCCAAUAUUUUCUGAAGCUUGACAAGAUACAGACAGUUCAACACCUGAUAAACUAAUACCAGAAGGUUCACUAGCUGGCGAGGUUUGUGAGCUUGACGGGUAAGAGAGAGCAGCGGUUUCUCUAGGGUCGGGUUCGGUCACACGACGCGUUACAAAAUCUGAACUCAAGCUCGUCUUUUUUAUUCCAAGCUUCUUUUAUUAGCUGCAGGUGACGCCAUUAUCUUUUGUGAAGUGAAUUAUACGACUUACUACAAUCAUUUAUAUUAACAAAAUCCCAAAAUAGCCUUUUAGUCGGGCUUUUUGUAGAAGCAUAAAAUGAUUGUUUCUUUCACUUAAACACGAAACAAAUUAGUUUGUAACAACAUUAAUUCACGGAUCAAAUGUAUUAAAGGCUCAUUAAAAUGGUUUAUAGACUUUUAAAUGGCGAAGGAUCAAAUAUGAAGCUCACAAGAAAAAAAAUAUUUGAUUUAAUUCUUGAGCUGUAUUGUAUAAAAUUCUCGGAAUCAUUUUUUCAAUAGCAACUACUAAUCACAACUUGAUUUACCUUGAACUAUUGAUGAUCUUUACCAUGAAGUAACAUGUUAAAUGAUGAGAAACACACAGUGACCUUCCCCACCACAGCCACACAAACAGCGCCCACCACACACUAUAGCUCAGUCAUCAAACCUUCUCUCUGUUCAUCUUGUUAUAACUCUGACAGAAUAAGUCAUAGUAACACAUGUAUAAUUAUCAACAGCUAAAAUAGAAUAACUUUAUGGUAGAGUAAAGAUGAUAUUGUUAAGGCGUAGUAAAGCAAUACAUAGAGUGGCCGCUUAAUACUGACCAGCAACAAUUAAUGAUCAUGAUAAAAGAGACAAUACAUAAUUCAAGACGUUUUAAGAGUUUGUGUGUCUGUCUUCUUCACUCGGUGUUACUGUACUGAGUGUGUGAAUCUUGGCGUGACCAGAACAGCAGCGCCACGGUGGACAGAUGCGGUCACUGGUACAAGUUAACGGCAUCACGACGCACUUAUAACAAUAUGGGCUGACCGAAGUGAGUGUGUGUGUGUGUGUGUGUGUGUGUGUGUGUGUUAUUGACCGAGAAUUAUUUACAGGACUCUGGUAACCGAGAGUGGCACUAUCAGGUGUCUAUGGCACUCGGAUUAUCAAAAAGUAUGUGGUACUGUGAUUAUAAAUGUUGCACUGAUUAUCAAGUGUCUGUGACAUCUCUGAUUAUCAAAAGUCUGUGAUAUUCUGAUUAUAAGCGAUGCACAGGUUAUCAAGUGUAUGUGGCACUCUGAUUAUCAAAAGUCCGUGGCACUCUGAUUAUCAAAGUCUAAGCCAAUCUGAUCAUUAAGUGCCUGUAACAUCUCUGAUUAUCAAUAGGUUGUGGCACAGAGACACUGACUGAUUAAUAAUUAAUUCACUAAUUAUCAAGAUGACAGGGGCAGGCGAGCACAGGGUCGCGUCUACACAGUGUGGGCGGGCGUCUGGUGUUCUGUGUUGAGGUUGGUCACACACUUUCUCACUCUCACUUGGAUGUCUAAUAUCUCCAAACACUACUUUAAAAGGAUGAAUUUUGGAUUCUUAAGAUCAUCUGUCAUAACAGGACUCAUCUUAGCUGUCCGAAGUAGUUGUAAAUUACUUUGUAAACAAAUUACUUUGUAAAAAAACAGCUGCAUUUCAUAUUGUUAUACUGGCACUGUUUGAACUAGAUCAAAUAUCCGUGAUUAAUGCCACUACAAAAGGUAUUCGUUUGGAGUUUGAAGCACCCGGGAAGACAAAUCCUCAAGCCUAUUAGUCAAUCAUCGUUUUGUCGUUUCCUCAUUGGUUACUUAAUGGGUAACUUUCAACCAAUUAGGCAGGAAAAUUUAAUUCCCUUGCUUUUGGUUGGUAAAUGAAUAAACGGAUAUAUGUUUUAGUCAAAACUACAACGUUUUCGAUGAAUGCAGUAGAGUCAUUUUGUUCCAAACGAACCUUAGUUGUAAUAACAUUGAUCCUUUCAAGCAAUAAGCAUAGCAAUACAUAUAUUGUUACCGCAUCAUACCUAGAACUAGUAGGCUAAAACUAGAAGAUAAAAAAAGGCAAACGUAGAAUCUCCUUGAUAAGUUGUAAUCUAGAGUAAUUAUUUUUAUACAAUGAAAAUUCGGUGUUUUGUGUUACCUCUGAAUCAAGGCCGCUGGCGCCGCUUGUAAACAAAACAUUCAGACCCUGACUGCCAUGUUCCUUGGUCCAGACGGGGUGGCGUCCGCGUCACGCGCCCUCACCUCUCUCUAGCUACCCGCUGCUCCACUCUCUGACAACAGGCUACUCCUCUCUAAGAUUUUUCUGGUUCUCUCUGUUCUUCACAUCCUUUCUCCUUUCUUCCUUGUCAACAUCAUCAUCAUGGUCAUUACUAUCUUGUUCUCCAGUCCACCAUUUCUUCCUCCUCUACUUCUCUUCCUCGAGGGAGAUGAGGUUUCAAUGAGGUCCUGCGAACCCUCUGUUACUCGUAAGUUACUGUUACUCCCCACACCACAAACGGGGAAUUCAGUGUGUUUUUUAAAGCUAUUUCUUUGUGGUUUUACUCACACGCAGAUUCAACACUAGAGACGCACUUUUUUCUCUGUAUUACUUACAAUAGCGAGGUGGAAGUUGUUACUGUUUGUUUACUUUCUGUUAUCAUUAUGUUGUGAGCAUUUUACCCGGAUGUGGGUUUGUUUAAGGGAGGGGGGGAGGGGGGGUUAUUAGAUAUGUAUUUACAGUGAGCGACUUAACUAACUCCUACAUGGCACACAGAUGGUUCAUAAUAGUGCUUACUUUGACUAACAACAUGUAAACAGAGAAAGUGUUUAUGAGUUACAAGUUUUCAAUGAUUUACCGUACGAGGAUGAGGUGACUUGUGUUUGUGAUAUGGAGACGAGAAACAAAGAUGAAUCUGUGUGAGAUGAUUUAAUGAGAAAGUAAUACUUGAUACAGUGGUAUGUAAGGUUGUUAAGGAAUAUGAAAAAGGUUGUAAUAGUGACAAGUUGUAAAAGUUGUAAACAUUUUUGAUUGUGUGUUUAUGAUCAAAGUUGAAUUAGUAACAAUGUUCAGACUGUUGUGGGUUUGAAGCAGCCAUUAUGAUAAACUGUACUUAAAUAAGCUUAUCUGAUAAUAUAUACAGUAGAAGCAUAACUUAAAAGAUCUGUUAUUUUUGGUGUGAAGGGUAAAUUGUAAACAUUCUCUCAGUUGUGUUUGUAAUAAGGACACAAUUUGCCAAGUUUUAAGAAUAGGUUAACUGUACAGAUAUAAUAGAAAACUAAUCUUAAUUUUUGUACUGUAUAAAAAAACAAAAAACAAAUGUGAUUGAGAAAAACUGUGCAAUUUAAGACUGCGUCCUGUCCUACUUAUUAUCUGUGGCGACAACAUGGAACUUGUCACUCAUAACGUCGCAGUGUUAAUGUUUUUGUGCUAAAUGGAUAUGAAAGAUUAACUGAUGAUACUAAUUCCGGAAUACUUUUUUUAAUAAGGUUUGUAAAUACGGGGAUAAAUUAAUAGCUGUAAACGGAAAGUCGUUCAGAUCAAAACCUUGGUAGAUUAAGUUUAUAUACUGACGAUUAAAAACUGAAUUCAUACGAGAUUAUUUCCGAAUUAAGUUUAACGUGUUCUAUGUAUACAUAAUUAUUUCUUAUUUGAUGUCAUUUAACUGUUUUGUAGAGGCAAUCAACGAGAGAUUAGUGGAGGUUGUAAAUUGACUGUACUGUAUUUUGGUGUCGUGUGGCGGGAAGUAAGAACGGUGAGCACACACACACACAAAACGGUCUAUGGCGAGAAACGAUAAUGUCGCCGCCUCACAAUUUUUAUGCAAUGGUGGUACAAUGUGUUCGUAAUGUUAAAAUUGUAAAGACAUUCUCUGUGAAAAAAAAAAAAAACUUUAUUUGUGACUAAAGAAGCAGAAGUCAGGAUAGUGGAUUUGAAUAUAUUUUUAUCAGUAAGUUUGUUAAUUUAUGUUUCUGAGUCGGAUUCAUCUUGGUGUCUACGUUAAGUACGCCUAGUGUCUGAGGAUGGAAUAUUGUUUCAAACUGGUUGACUAUAACAUCCAAAAAAAGGACCAAAAUUACACCGAUUUUUUUUUUUUUUUUUUUACUUGGCACCAGUUAGCAAUAAAUAAAUAAAAUAAGGUACAGAAUGUUUAGGUAAAUAUCCUGUACAAUUUGUCCGGUAAUAAGUGAAUCUGUUUCGUUAAAGAGUGAAAAUUUGGGUGAUUUGUGUGUGUGUGUGUGUGUGUGUGUUUUACGAGGAAUGUUUAUCGUAGGAACCUUAGUGACUCCUGACUCUGGGGCAAUCAAUCAGAUUCUUUUUUUCUACCAAGUUACGCGUCUUGACUUUUAACUUCUGCUUCAUCCGUUUUUUGGUUAUCUUUGGUGAAAUUAUUUUUUUAUGGUGAACUCCUGGAAAUGUACCAAAAUUAUGUUAAGAAAUUGUUGAUUUUUUGUAAUUUUUGGUAGUAUUUAGUAAUUUAUUUAUAUAUGUAAACUCCCCAUCUACACACUGAUACUAUGAGAGAAAAAUGCUUGCCUACAUCACUAGUAUAACUUAAUAGCUAACAUAACCGUUCGCAUUUGACAACUAAAAAUCUGUUGUUGUUUUUUUACUCAAUAUUACAUAGUGUACAUAUCGGUUAAGAGAAUGUUUUGAUGUUUAGAAAGAAAGGAACACGACUUGGUUAUCUAACUAAAAGCCAAUUUAGACAAUGAUUUCUGCUGUAAUAAUGGCGCAACACUCGCGCCCCAACACUACUGUCCGUCUCACGAUUCAAAGUAAUAAAAUCAACACCAACUUCUAAUAAGAUCUGCGCUGAACAUAGAUAACUAGUUAACAAAAUAGCAAUAAUAGAAUAAUACUAUUUACUCGUCCGUACAUGUAGAAUAUUUCAAAAUAAGAAUGACUUAUAACGCAGGAAACUGAAUCGCAAUAAACAAUUUAUUUUAGGCUCUACAUACGAACGAAUAUGUGUAAAAUAAACCUAACCUAACCUAUCAUUAACAAUACAGAUACGAAUUAAGACAAAAACAAGGGACAAAUUUUGAUUACUAUGAAUUAUGUUCAGAAUUACGAAGAAUAAUGAAUCAUUUGUAUUAAUAAUUAGUGAAGAUAAGUUUGCCUCAAGUACUGAGGUUUUAUAUCCCUUGUUGAUUUACUUUCAUAUAUAACUUUUUUUGGUCAGUUGUAGCAGUCAUAGGGGCAUGAAUGGUAGUCCUGUUAGAAUGUUACUGAGAGCAAGUGCACGGCGAGGAAUGUUACUGGGAGCUGGUGCACGGCGAGGAAUGUUACUGGGACCUAGUGCACGGCGAGGAACAAUAACCCUGGAAAGGCCCUGACAAAAUUAGUGCGAAUUAGAUGACUGAUGACUGGCACUGAUCAUUCUUCCAUAUACCAAGCUCCUCCCCUCACCAGUACCACCAGCACAGUCAGUAUCUCCCAUCAUACUAUAGACGUCAAAUAAUUAGUAUUUUUUCAAGUUACAAUAACAUAAAAGGUGUAUCGUAUAGUUUUGUUAUACAGUGACGAGUUGAAGGCAAGUAUUUAAUUCUCUCUCACUUCACUACAUUACACUGAGCCCCACAAUGUCUAAAGUACAGUCCCCUUCACUAGUGCGUUUACAGGGGCUCGUCAGGUUUUGUGCAGUGUGGCAGCGUUGUGUUUGUUUACAUUCGACAGAAGGAAACUCGCAAUAGUUAACAUACUAUGGAACCAAAGUAAAACAAUAUUAAAACAAAUAUCUCAAUGUAAUGAUUUGUGGAAUGUUUAUAUGACGAGCCCCUGUAAACGCGCUAGUGAAGGCGACUGUACAUUAUAUAGUUGUUGGUUAUUUUAAUAUAGAGUAUCAUUCCAUUAUAUGUUUUCAUGGUUUUUAUAAGUUGUUUUUGUUGAUCUCAUUAGUUAACACAUUCGGCGGUCACAUAUGAGGAUUUAUCAGAUAUUUUUUCUACAGUUUAUUUUAGGUCACAAAUAAAGCCGGUGAAGAUUUAUAGAUACUGUAUAAUCGAGUGAUAUUUAUUUAUUUCCGAUUUGUAUAUUUUCUAUCUGAUAAUAUGAAUGUUUAAUAACGAUUGUAUAAUUGAAUAGUUAAGGAUGUUCGGGGGAGGAAGUGGCCUAGACAAGCUUCCGUGGAUCGACCGGGAUAAGCGAGUGGGUCAAUGUUUCUUUCUUUUUCAUUCAUAUAUUUUUUUUUUCACUAUGGAAUAUGAACUAUGAAUCAAUAACUAACGAACUGGGGUGUGUUUCUUGAGCUCCCUAACGACUGAUAUAUAUCAAACUCUAAAGAAGAAGAAGACACUUUACCCUACAGUCUAGCGACGUCACAAUGUUCUCAGGGCUAAGCACUCGUCAAAGCAGGGGGUCCUGUUGUUCCCGUGUACACAUCUCGUGUAUUCCGAAUUUUUUUAUUCUGUUCGGCAACUUUAUCCUCAAUGACAAUCUUUUUUAAAGGUUUUACAAAUAUAUGACUCAAGUCCACUGCAGGACAAUUUUCUGAUCUGCUUGUGUAAGAGAGCGAGGCUUGGUGGAGCUCCCGGUUCACGAUGUCUAGUGACCUCUAGCCACCUCUUUGUGGCCUCUGUACAACCUCUGACGACCUCCGUACGACCUCUAGCCACCAAUUUGUGCCCUCCGACGGCCUCACCGCAGCCAGCCGUCGGAUAAUUCCCGGCUGGUUGGUCGAUAAAGAAAGUAUCACGAACUGCUCAAGUCUGAACGACACAACAGGACCCGAAUGUCUUUGGAAAUAUUCAACUCGUGAUUGUGACUGAUUGUCUUGCCGCUGACGGAUUAUUUCUUACCAAUCUGACCAUUACGAGAAUUACUUAUCUAAUAAAAGAGGCUGGAGGCAAGGAGCGAAGAACUGUUGGGAAGACUAAGAGUGGUGUAGAGGCCGUGCGGGGCGUGGUCAUACUUGAUAAGGGGUACUGCCACCCACCAACAAAGAUCUGACACUACGUCGCUAGCUUUAUGCCUCUAGUAAGUUGCUUUUUACAUAGCCAACUAGGAUAGGAUCUAGGUCUUAACCUUAGGGAUCCAUUAAGUCUUUUUUUCUCUUCAUUACUGAUUAACUUCAUAGAUACUGAUAAGAUUAUGAUGUACAUAACUUUUAUGAUUGAUAUUUUAUUCUUAAAGGAAACAAUUUUGGGCUUUAAAAUAAUUUUCUGCUUCAAAUGUUUUUCCACACAAAAUAAUGGAAAUAAGCAUUUGAAAUGUUUCUCCUUUGGCAUUACUUAACUAACUCACAAU